AUGACACACUCGGAUGCCUUCUGGACGAUCAGGAAGGACGAGCUCGUCUUCGACAGCCCUCCUCUUGUGCUCGGCAAGGGGAGCUACGGCGUUGUCAUCCGAGCCUCUUUCCGCGGCUCUUACGUGGCGGUGAAACGAGUGCUCCCUUCCAGGAUGUACAACAACUUCAUCAAAGAGAUGAGGGUCAUCUCGCGCCUGCGACACCCUUGCAUCACGACGGUGAUCGGAGCGGUGAAGGACAAGAAGGAGCCGUUGCUGGUGAUGGAGCUCAUGGAGAACGGGUCCCUGUACGAGCUCUUGAGGAACGAGACGGUCGAGCUCCAGGGAGACCUCAUCCUCCCCAUGCUCUGCGACGUGACACAAGGGAUACACUUCCUCCACGCUGCGAACCCUCCCAUCAUACACGGGGACAUCAAGUCUCACAACGUGCUGGUCGACUCUCGCUUCCGAGCCAAGAUCGCGGACUUCGGGUUGAGCACCAAGAAAUCGGGUCCAUGCGGCACACCCUUGUGGAUGGCCCCGGAGCUGCUGCGAGGAGGCAGCAACUCCCUCGCCAGCGACGUGUACGCGCUCGGCAUCCUCCUGGCGGAGGUUUACAGCAGGCAGGACCCGUUCCUCAACGAGGACGUCAGGCAGGUGCUGCGGCAAGUGGCGGAUCUGGAGAGAGAGGAGGAGAAGAGGCCGGAGAUACCUGCCGACUGCCCGUCACAGAUGGCGGUGCUGAUGAGGAACUGCUGGAACAAGAUCCCCGAGAGCCGGCCCUCCAUCAGCGAGAUCGAUCGACGACUGCAGGCCAUGGACUCCAAAGCCGCAGACCUC